AUGACUAAAGAUUUACCAGAAAACCUUGGAGUGGACGCGUGCUAUUCUGUCGAGCUUGAAAAGACUUGUGGUCAGUUCAUACUACAAGGUGAGAAUUUCGAUUACAGUAUCAGUAAUGAACCUGGUAAGACUGCAUAUGGACAUUCUUAUCCACUACAUGUAGUCGAGCUAGUAUCACUCCAUCUGGAUCAACAGAUUGGUGAUGGAAAAGAAGCUUGUGCUGAUGACAUAAGACUUACCCAUCAUGAGUUGUUUGUAAUUAUCAACAAGAAGACAACUACGGAGGAUGCAGUGGUUUCAAUUGUUGUUCUGUUAAGGGAGGUCGAGAGAAGACGAUCCAAUGACUCAGAUGCUACUAAGAAGUUGAAGGGAUGUGAAGACGAAGAAGCCAUUGCUGUACAUGGCUCAGAUAAACACCCAGUAGCUGAAUUCCUUUAUUUUCAUACUAUAGAGGAGGAGAUGCAGUAUGUUGGUGCUCGAAAAGAGGGAGAAGUUGUAAUCUUGUUACAACAAAAGUAUGGAUAUCACAUUGUAUUGCAAACAAGAGAACUGUUGUGUACUUUGCUUUCCUUGAUUAAUGUUUCAAUAGCGGUGGGGAAGUAUUUAACGGUUUGUGGUGAUCAGCUGGGAAUAUUUGAGCUUAAUGGUCUCCUUUCAGAAGAUAAUCCAUACUUAAUUAAGGAUGACUUUGUCGAUAGAGGUUCCUUUUCUCUUCAGGUCAUUUUCACACUAUUUGCACUUGAAUGCACGCUUCCAUCAGGAAUUCAUCUAGCUCGAGGUAAUCAAGAGAGCAAGAAUAAAGAGCAGUAUAUAUAUAUUCAACAUACGCUUUUCAAAGGUGUGAGGAAACGCGACAAGGUGAUGAGCUUGUGGUUUUUGUCUUUGAUCGCGGCAAAGCGGCAAAAUCGUAUGAUUGGUUGA